UUCACGGGCGUUCGCGGAGCCGAUCGCGAAUCCGCUCGGGACGACCUCGGCUGCACAGAAGAGGCAGACGUUGGCAGUUUUCUCGGCACUCAGACCCAAGGGAUGGAUGGGGUAAAGGGUGAGCGCCGCGGAGGCAAGAGCUGGCGGAAGGAGAGAGAGGAGCGAGAGAGGAAGAGGGUCAGCACCAAGGCAACCAAAGAUUCGGAAGAGAAGAAGGAGAAUGAUGACCCAGAGAGUCGCAGAGAGGAAGGAAUGGCAAAGAAGAAGCUGGACGAAGAGAACAAGAUAAAGCAGCAAGAGGAGUUGGCAGCCCUGGCAA